AGUUCUUCUGAAUGUGGGAUGUGGCUUACAGGGCAUACAGUCAUGAGUCAUAAGAACUGUCCACUAUAAAUUUUCCCUACCCUUCAUGUUAACUGAAGAAACCUUGGAGACAACCAGAAGAGCAGCAUUCUUCCCUGAACAAAAUAAGGUUCAGAACAAUGGAAGCUUUGAAUAAAGCAAACAAAAGCUUUGCUCUCGACUUCUUCAAACAUGAGUGUCAAGAAGACGGUGACAAGAAUAUUUUGUUCUCCCCUUUGAGUAUUUCAUCAGCCCUGGCUACUGUUUAUUUGGGAGCCAAAGGUAACACAGCAGAUCAGAUGGCAAAGGUACUUCACUUUAACAAAGCUGAAGGAGCCAAGAAUGUCACCACAACCAUAAAAAUGCAAGUCUUUUCCAGAACGGAAGAGCGUCUAGCAAACCGAUGCACUUGUUUCCAGAAGACAGAAAUUGGCAAAUCGGAUAAUAUCCAUACUGGGUUUAAAGCACUCAACUUUGAAAUCAACCAACCCACUAAAAAUUAUCUCCUUAAAAGUGUGAACCAUCUAUAUGGAGAAAAAUCGUUGCCUUUCAGUAAAGAAUAUUUACAGUUAGCCAAGAAAUACUAUAAUGCAGAGCCACAAUCAGUUGACUUUGUGGGAGCAGCAGAUGAAAUCAGAAGAGAGAUCAAUUCCAAAGUCAAACACCAGACUGAAGGUAAAAUUCAAAAUCUGCUGCCUCCUGGAUCCGUAGAUUCACUCACCAGGCUAGUCCUGAUAAAUGCACUCUACUUCAAAGGAAACUGGGCAACAAAGUUUGAAGCUGAAGCCACCAGGCAAAGGCCUUUCAAAAUAAACAUGCAUACAACUAAACCAGUGCCCAUGAUGUACCUGAGUGAUAAGUUUAACUGGACCUACAUAGAAUCAGUCCAGACUGAUAUUCUUGAGCUUCCAUACGUCAACAAUGACCUCAGCAUGUUUAUCCUUCUACCAAGUGACAUCACCAGCCUACAAAAGCUAGAAAGAGAAUUGAGUUUUGAAAACUUGUCUGCAUGGACCAGCCCUGAACUGAUGGAGAAAAUGAAAAUGGAAGUUUAUUUGCCCAGGUUCACAUUAGAGGAGAAAUAUGACCUCAAAUCUACUUUGAGCAGGAUGGGGUUACAAGAUGCCUUCAUUGAAGGUCAAGCUGAUUUUACAGGAAUGUCAGAAAAUGGUGACCUGUUUUUGUCACAAGUGUUUCACAAGUGUUAUCUGGAAGUCAAUGAAGAAGGCACAGAAGCAGCAGCUGCCAGUUCAGCAACACUGGCAUCACGAAGUCUUGGUGCUACUGUUAUUUUUGUGGCAGAUCACCCUUUCCUCUUCUUUAUUCAGCACAACAAGACCAAAAGUAUCCUCUUCUUGGGAAGAUUGUCUUCCCCAUAAACUCGCAUUUGUUAAACAGACUCUUGCAACAACAAUGAACAAACUGCAUCUCCAUAGUCUGUGCACCUCUUAAUUUUCCUGUACUGUUGACAAAUCUCUCAACUUUAGAAGAGAGCACAUAUGGAAAAUAAUCUGGAAUUCAUGCCUCUUGCUCAUUUUCCUAGCCAAAGAACCCCAAAAUGCUAGCACUACACUAUAAGCACCAAACUGUGCACAGAACAGUGCACUUUCUGAACCAGAACUGCCACAAUGCAGAACAUACCAAGUUCUGAUCUAAACCAGUAAUUCCAAACACGCUUGCUUUGGUUCAUAAGAAGAAAAGGACCAGGAAAAAAUCAUUCCUGCAAAAAGCUGUUGCAUCUCCAUUAGUUUCAGCUCGCUGAGCUGGUCAUCCCAUGACAGCUACCUUACCACAUUCUUGCCAGUUUUAUACCCAUUUUGCAGCCUGGCACAGUUGACAGUGAAAUAAACCUGCAAAAUCC